AUGGGUAUAUGGGAAGCUUUUCUCAAUUGGCUUAGGAGCCUUUUCUUCAAGCAAGAAAUGGAGCUUUCUUUGAUAGGUCUUCAAAAUGCUGGGAAAACUUCACUUGUAAAUGUUGUCGCUACUGGUGGAUACAGUGAAGACAUGAUCCCUACGGUAGGAUUUAAUAUGCGGAAGGUCACCAAAGGGAAUGUCACAAUAAAGUUGUGGGAUCUUGGAGGUCAACCCAGAUUCCGGAGCAUGUGGGAGCGAUAUUGUCGUGCAGUUUCUGCUAUUGUUUACGUUGUUGACGCUGCUGAUCAUGACAAUGUCAGCAUCUCCAAAAGUGAACUUCACGAUCUGCUUAGCAAACCAUCACUCAGUGGCAUUCCUUUGCUGGUAUUAGGAAACAAGAUCGACAAACCUCAAGCUCUAUCGAAGCAGGCUUUGACUGAUCAAAUGGAUUUGAAAUCUAUCACUGAUAGAGAGGUGUGCUGCUUUAUGAUCUCGUGCAAGAAUUCAACAAACAUUGACCAGGUUAUUGACUGGCUAGUCAAGCAUUCUAAAUCGAAGAGUUAA